AUCUAGUCUGAGAGCGACUUGAGGGACGGACGGACUAUCGCUGUUGGACUCUUGUUUUUAUUUUUGGGGAAAACUUGUCUUGUUUCGAACAAACCUGUAGCCUUUUUUAAACUUUGUGUGAGGAAAUCUGCGCUUCCUGCUCGAAAUCUCCUGACAAGAUGCUGCUCCUGCUACUGGGAAUCAUCCUGCUGCACAUCGCCGCCCUGGUCCUCCUCUUUGUGUCCACAAUUGUCUCAGUCUGGACAACAAACGACGCUGGCGCCGGAGACCUGUGGUACAACUGCUCCUCCGCCAAUGGAGGAUACCACUGUAACCCAUCAUCUACUGGAGAGUGGAUCCAGGCGGUCCAGGCUCUCAUGAUCCUCUCCAUCAUCUUCAGCUGCCUGUCGCUCCUCCUCUUCUUCAUCCAGCUCUUCACUCUGCAGAAGGGCGGACGCUUCUUCCUCACCGGAACCUUCCAGAUCCUGGCCAGUCUGUUCGUGAUGAGCGGCGCCAUCAUCUACACGGUGAUGAGCCCCGAGUGGGUGCCGGCCACGGACUCCUUCGGCUACUGCUACAUCCUGGCGUGGGUGGCCUUCCCCUUGGCGCUGAUCAGCGGACUCAUCUACGUCAUCCUGAGGAAGCGGGAAUGAGCCGACCUCCCCUCACAGUGUUUGAAGUAACCCCCCUCCCCCCCACCACCACCAGGCCAAAACACUCAGCAGGGGGCGUAAUACCAAAAGUCACCACAGAAACACCAAUACUGUCUCAGUCAAAAGAUGUAUAUAGUAUCUAUGGUUUAAAACCUAUUUAUAACACUUUUUACAUAUAUGUACAUAGUUGUUGUGUUGCUCUGUGGAUGGAUACUCUGAGCUCCGUUUAGCUGAUUAAGUGCCUCGGUCUUUUGUUUGUAAUGAUGAAUAAUUAUAAACUAUUUUGUUGUGUUUUUUUUUUUGUUUUGUUUUGUUUGUUUUGUUUUGUUAAUCGCUAAAGAAUUACUCCAAAAAAGAAAAACUAAAUAAAGAAAGAAAGAUGAUUAACCAAAGUGCAUGUUCUAGGAAUAGAAAGGAUUAGGCAAAAGGUGGCUUGCUUUAUUAAAAGAAAUGGGUGUGGCAUAGCCAUUACAUAGAGAUUUGGCUUUUUUUUUCUAUUUGUUAAUUUGCAAGUGUUUUUAUUUUCAGUGUUUUUCUAUUUCUUGUUUUCAACAAAAGAUGGUGCUAUAUGUAUUUAUCAUUCCGAUUACUGACAGCAAUCAUUUAGCUUUGGUUUGGAGUCUAACCGGCUUUGAAGGGAGAUCCGGACCGAGGUAGAACCAGAACCAGAACCGGAACCGAACUGUGGUAGAACCUGACGGGGGUAGAGCUAGAACCAGAUGGUGGUAGAACCAUAACCAGACAGAGGUAGAGCUAGAACCGGACAAGUCUUAGAACCAGAACCAGAACCGUUCUCGCAGAGCCGGACUGCUCCUUUAGGGAACACAGCCUGUCUCAGUGUCUGACUCCGCCACGAGGCGAUGCACUGAUGAAAGCAUUAAAUUCAGUAUUAUCCUGCAGGUUUUUCAGAAUUAUCGAUAGAAAAGCUUCACUUUUCGCUCUCGUUGCCUUAAUUUGUGUGUGUCCUGCGUGUGUGUGUGUGUGUGUGUGCGCGUGACUGUUAAAGCCUCAAAUCGCCAAAAUGCCUUUUUCUUUUUUUAGUAGGAUAUCAUUAAGAGAAUAACACUGUGGGGCAUUAACGCCAAAGGACAUAUAUACUUAACAGUACCAGAAAAAAUAGAGAAAACACUGAAUUGAAGCCAUAUAAAAACACCGGAUAAUAGGAAUGAGAUUAACUGUGCAGGUGGGAAACAGAGCAGAGAAGUUCGCAGCCAUGAUAGAAAUGUCUGUUUCACAUACUUGAAGUUUGGCAUGCUGCGUUCUCUGCCCACUGACGCCGAGAUGUUUGUUUUUUUUCUUCUUGACUGUAUAAAACACUGUUUAUAUGUUUGUGCAUAACAGAUGUUUCUGAUAAACUACCCCGAAAAAUCCCACUCAUUCAAUAAAAAACUACUCCGACAUUA